AAGAAGAAGCAGUAGCGCGCAUGCUCGGCAUCAUGGCGGCGCGGUGUGUGUCGCUGCUGCUCCUGUGUGCGCUGUGUCUGUUCCACUCCUCCUCCACCACGGCGGAUAACGGCAGCGUUAAGAAGCUGAGGAUGCAGUACACAGCCGGGCCUCUGCUCAGGUUCCAGUUCUGCGUCUCCUGAGGGUACAGGCGGGUGUUUGAGGAGUACACUCAGGUUCUCAACCAGAGGUAUCCAGACAUCCGUAUAGAAGGGGAGAACUACCUCCCUCCACCUGUCUACAGACACAUCGCCUCUUUUAUCUCCAUGUUGAAGUUUGCUCUGAUUGUCCUGAUUAUCUUGGGGAAGGAUCCGUUUGUCCUGUUUGGGAUGCAGAGUCCUGGAGUCUGGACCUGGGGACAGGAGAAUAAGGUCUACGCCUGUAUGAUGGUGUUCUUCUUCACAAACAUGAUGGAGAAUCAGUGUUUAUCUACAGGAGCCUUUGAGAUCUCACUGAAUGAUGUCCCCGUCUGGUCGAAGCUGGAAUCAGGUCAUCUUCCCUCCAUGCAGCAGCUUCUUCAGAUCCUGGAGAACGAGCUGAAGCUGAACGCACACAUGGACACACUGCCUCUGCAGCGCUCCUAAUUACACACACACACAUGUUAGAGCUCCACCUACUGCUGUGUGUAUUCUGGUCCUGGUCUUCAGUAAGGCGGCUGUAAUGAAGGUCUGCACUGAAAGCGGGUGUGUCUGCUGGUGUGGGCCGGAUGUCCUUUUCGCCGUCUUUCCUGGAGUUUAGGAGUCUGUUAUGUACACAGUGUUGUGUGUGUGUGUGUGUGUGUAGUCUCUGCAGUUCAUUUGGAAUUCUGGGAGGUUUGUUAAAAGAAAUGCCUGUGUGUGUGUGUGUGUGUGUGUGUGUGUGUGUGUGUGUGUGUGUGUGUGUGUGUGUGUGUCAGUCAUUUGUUUGUUUUGAUCACUGAUAAUAAACUCUGAGGGCCAAACACAGAUUUACAGAAUUUCUUACGCAUCAUUUUUGCCAAAUAACUUUUUUAACUCUGAUAAACACAUGUACGUAUGUACGUAACUCUAAACUUAAACCAGUGAAAAGUUUAAUAUUUAUAUAAUGACUAAAUGAUUAAUGUGUAAAUCCUGCACAUUUAAUAUAAAGAUUCACAUCCUGUUAAUAUAUUCAGAUCUGUUCUAAUGUUCAGCGUUAUUUUAUAUAUAUUUGGUCAAAUAAACUAUAAGUUCAGUUUAAACAUGAA